AUGAGGAGAGGAGGAGGGAAGCUCGUCGCGCCGCGCGCUGGGCGCCACCAUUGCCGCCGCAUCGCCGCCAGAACUGCGGGAGUGACAGAGGGCAGCUCACCGCGUAGCGCCGCCUCUACAGUCCAUGCCGGCCUGGAACCACCACCAACACGUCUUGCCGUCACCACCCACACUCGAGGAGGAGAGAGAUCGAGUAGAGGGAGGCGCAAAGAGGGAGUGGGAGUCACGGCCAGCUGCGUCCUCAUCGCCGGAAAGAGGAAUCCGUUGCUGCGACGUUGCUGCUACCGUGGCUGUCGCGGUGUUCACCGCGUCUCUGGCCGCCGCCGGCAAGGUUCGAUCAGAGAGAAGCUUGAAAGACAGGGAGAUCGACGGGACGAAGUGGGUGAGCCGCGUCGGCGCCGUUGGGGUCUCACCGCCGCCGUCCCCGUGGUGGCUGGUGUCGUCGUCGGAGAAGGCCACCGGAGUUGCUGUCUGCCUCUGCCUCGGGGUUCUGCAAGCUGCCGGAGCCCACUGCCGCCAGAGCUGCCGAGAACCACCGCUGUGGCUGCCGCUGGGAUUGUGAACGGAAGGAGGAGAUGUUGUUUUCGUUACAGCCACUCCCGGAGGAGAAGUCAACCGCGCCGCCUGCCGAGUCACCGGAGAACUCUUCCGCUGCUAUUAUCAGAAAUUUGGGCCGCUGCCAUUAUUCAGAAUUUAUUAACGGAGCCGCUGCCAAGUCGAUUUGGAGUUUCGGCUGUUUCGUUUCGUUAAUUUAUGUUGCUAUGGUUAUUGCGAACGUGACUGGGAGCUGAGGUUUUGGUUACCGUCAGUUUGGUUUGAGGCGGAAAGGACUUGAUGAGGCAUUUUGGUUAUGGAAUUGCGUUUUGAGGUAGGGGCGCUUUCCAAAAACUAUAUUUUAUAUGCCGGAAUUAUUACAUAUGGGUACUAAUGUGAGAUAAUGUAUUUGGUGAUUGUAUAAGCCUUAUGUGAUGUUGAUUAUCCUGGAUGAAUGUAAUUAUAUGUUUGAAUGGAUUAUUAUUUGGUUCGGAUGAACGAACUGUUGUGUGGUUUUGUGAAACAUAAUGCCGUCCAAGUUGAUUCUUUAGAGAUUUGAAAUAUGAGUUUAAUCCGUUGAGGAUUGGUUUGAAUUGAGUCAAUUAUUUGAUGAUGUGAAAAAUAGAAUACUCUUGAAAUUCAGCCUGGGUUGCUUUAAUUAAUUUGGUCUUUGAUAAAUGAUUUAUUGCUAAACCGAUUCUUUAAAGCUUUGGAAAUGAGUUGAUUUUGAAAUGGUAUCCUUGAGAUACGCCACUGAGGCGAUUGUUGGAUUUAGCUUGUUUUAAAU